UUUCGAGAUCUGAGGACUUUGUCGUAAUUCUGUUCAUCUUGGCUUUAUUCUCCUGAGAGCUUCGACGACGACGACGACGACGACGACGGCGACGGCGACGACGACGACGACGACGACCCGCUCCAUUUCUCCGGAGAGACACCUCCAUUGACACGCCAUCAGGGCUUCGUUCUCCAUUCUCUCCUGGAACUCGAACAGCAAAAAUAUGGGGAAGCAGAGAGUUUCAGUUGAUCAGAACUCUCCCAUCGAAAUUGGCUGUGAUGAUGAACAUGCUGAUGUUGAGAAUCAGGAGCCUGGCGAGGAAGACAACCUGUCUGAAGAAGAAUUUUGUGAAGAAGAACCAGAUGAAGAGCCACAUAAGGAAGAACCAAAUGAAGAAGAGAAACCUUGUGAAGAAGAACUUAACCAGGAGGAGGAACCUGGUGAAGAAGAAUAUACUGAGAGGGAAACCUGUGAUGGCAAGCCCACUGAAUCAGAACCAAGUGAGGCAUUAUACAAUGAACCUGGUGAGGAACAUUCAUCACCUAAUGAUUGCAGCAAUAAUGAAAAACACCAGCUAAAUUCUUCUCACUCCAGUUCUGAGAAGAAAAGAAGAUCAGCAGAUAGAUUGGAAAAGCAAGUAGAAAAGAGGCAGAAACAGGACCAUGACUCAAAGCCAGAGUUUUAUGCCAGUCCUAGUGGCACUGAUCCCCAGGACAAGCCCAGUAACUUGAUUGAUGAGGUAAUCAGUUCAAAAGAACAGGAAAAUUCAGGGAGCUCUGGUAAGAAAAGACCACGUAGAUGGGAUACAAAGUCAGAAGCUGAUGGGGCAGCAUUUGAUGGUGGUGUUAUGGCUACUAAGAAGAGGAAAAAAAGAUGGGUCAUCGAUGACAGCCAGUUAAAGAUGCUGGGUCCUCUAAAGCUUCCUGAUUUUGUCAAUUGGCCUCUAACUGAAACUCUAAUUGAUCCGGAAAUCCAGAAGUUGAAUGCUCAGCUUCUUGAAAUAAACCAGAAGUUGAAGGCACGAGAACUUGUUGAUGAUCAAAAGUUGAUUACAAAGCUCAUAGAGAAGAGGCAGAAGAUCAUUUCAGAGUUAAUUCAGAGGAAUCCUACUUUUAAACCUCCUAUGGAUUACAAGCCUGCGAAGCUCUACAGGAAGCUGUAUAUACCAGUAGAAGAAUACCCUGGCUACAACUUUCUUGGCCUUAUAAUCGGUCCCCGCGGGCAUACACAAAAGAGAAUGGAGAAGGAGACUGGAGCUAGGAUUCUUGUACGAGGUAAAGGUUCAGCCAAGGGAAGAAAGGUCCAGCAGCAUACGGAUGCAAAAUAUGACCCAUCUGAGAAUGAAGACCUGCAUGUCUACAUUGAGGCCGACACCCAGCAGUCUUUGGAUGCUGCAGUGCAGUUGGUGGAGAAGCUACUGGUUCCUGUGGAAGAAGAAAUGAAUGAGCACAAGCAUGCUCAGCUAAGAGAGCUUGCUGAGUUGAAAGGAAAAGUCAGAGAGGACAGUUCGAGUAGAAAUGAAAAGGCAGCAUUCCAAACCAAUGUGUCGUGCAAUAUCUGUAGCGAUGUGGCACAUCUUACUGCUGCUUGCCCUUUGACAGGAUCAGCCCCAGGGGCACGGACAAAUGAGCAUCAGGUUAGCUUUCUUGCAGAGCUCGGAGGUGAUGGAAUCUCCUUCUCUAAUGGCCUACCAGUUAGUAGUUCCACGGUACCCUGGACGCCAAACCCAGCUUCGCAUUCUGUACCAGCAUCUAGCGGCAAGCCCUUCAAAGAGAUUGAUGAAUCUAAACUAUUCGUGGGUUAUCUUCCCCGGUCUGUGAAUACUAAUAAGCUAAUAGAGCUUUUUUCACCUUUCGGACGCAUCAGUGAAGCAGUGGUAAUCAAGGACAAAAAAGCAGGUUUAAGUAAAGGAUAUGGUUUUGUUAGGUAUACUGAUCCUACCUUUGCUGCUGAGGCAGUGAGAAAUAUGCAUGGAUACAGGAUUGAGGGGAAGAUGCUUGCUGUUCGAGUAGCAGGAUGCCCUCCACCUACUGUCAAUACCAACUUAGAGCCAGGGCAGCCUCCAAGCAUUAUCCGUUUGCCGACUUAUCCAAGUUCUGCAGCCAUUGCUCAAAGGAACCCUCAUGUGCUGGAUUGGCCAGGUCCUCGAGGAGCUAUGCAACCUGAAGCUUUUGAUUCUUUUCCUAAGAACAGCAGCUUUGUUUCACAUAUUGGUCCUGUGAGUGAAAAGUCCCCUGUAUCCUAUGGUGCUUCUGGCCAAAUUCCAGUCCUGACUUCUGUCAUUUCUGCUCCUAUGACAGCAUCCAGGGAAUUUGAGCAAUUUCUCAGUUACGUGAGAGGUUUUAAUUCUCAGGAUUAUCUGUAUCAGUCAUUUCCUUUUGAAGUUCUGCCUUCCCCACAGGUUCAUUUUACUAGGUCUUUUGGCAGCCACCACAGGCCUUUCCUUCCUGUAAUACCACAUUAAGGUCUCUUUGCACUUCCAUGUGAAGUCUCAAAGCUCUAGAAGCUUGAGUCCAGGUGUUAUAGAAAGCUUGUGACCCAUCUGAGUUGUAAGAUAAUCAAUACAAAAAUCAGCUUGUGAGCUUUAUGGUG